AUGGCGUGCGCCGGGGGAGCGGAGCCGUGUGGGGACGGCCGCGGGGACGAGAGGCCGGCGUGGGACAACAAGGGGCAGUACCUGCUGAGCUGCAUCGGCUUCGCCGUGGGCCUGGGCAACAUCUGGAGGUUUCCGUACCUGUGUCAGACCUAUGGCGGAGGGGCUUUCCUCAUCCCCUACCUCAUCGCCUUGGUCCUCGAGGGAAUCCCUAUCUUCUACAUCGAGCUGGCCAUCGGCCAGCGCCUACGGAGAGGCAGCAUCGGGGUGUGGACGGCCAUCUCGCCCUACCUGGGCGGAGUGGGGCUGGGCUGCCUCACCGUGUCCUUCCUGGUCAGUCUGUACUACAACACUGUCCUGACGUGGGUGCUGUGGUACUUGCUCAACUCCUUCCAGUACCCGCUCCCCUGGAGCUCCUGCCCACUGGACCUCAACCGCACAGGGUUGGAAGCCGAGUGCCAGGCCAGCAGCCCCGUGAGCUACUUCUGGUACCGGCAGACGCUGAACAUCACGGCGGACAUCAGCGACAACGGCUCCAUCCAGUGGCCGCUGCUGGCCUGCUUGGCCGCGUCCUGGGCAGUCGUGUACCUGUGUGUCAUCAGAAGCAUCGAAAGCCUGGGGAAGGCAAUUUAUUUCACAGCCCUGUUCCCUUACCUGGUCCUGACCAUCUUCCUUAUCAGAGGACUCACCCUGCCCGGGGCGGUCAAAGGGUUAAUCUACCUGUUCACUCCAGAUGUGCAGAUUCUCCAGAACCCGCGGGUGUGGCUGGACGCAGCCACGCAGAUAUUCUUCUCCCUGUCCCUGGCCUUCGGAGGACACAUUGCUUUUGCAAGUUAUAACCCGCCUGGGAACAACUGUGAGAAGGAUGCGGUGACCAUCGCCCUGGUCAACAGUAUGACUUCCCUCUAUGCAUCCAUCGCUGUGUUCUCCGUUUUGGGAUUCAAGGCAGCCAACGACCAUGGGCGUUGCCUGGACAGGAACAUCCUCCAGCUCAUCAAUGCGUUUGACUUCCCUGAGCAGAGCAUCUCCAGGGACGACUAUGUUGCCGUCCUCAUGCACCUGAAUACCACCCAGCCCGAGAGGGUGGCCAGGCUCCCCCUGGAGGUUUGCCACCUGGAAGACUUUCUGGAUAAGAGUGCCUCCGGCACAGGCCUGGCCUUCAUUGUCUUCACGGAGGCCAUCCUCCACAUGCCGGGGGCCCCCGGGUGGGCCGUGCUGUUCUUCGGGAUGCUGUUCACCUUGGGCCUGUCAUCCAUGUUCGGGAACAUGGAAAGCAUCAUCACGCCAUUCCUGGAUAUGGGGAUCAUGCGCAGAUCCGUCCCCAAGGAGGUCCUGACCGGCCUGGUCUGCCUGUUCUGCUUCCUCUCUGCGAUCUGCUUCACGCUCCAGUCGGGCAACUACUGGCUAGAGGUGUUUGAUAACUUCGCCGCCCCCCUGAACCUCAUCAUCUUCGCCUUCUUCGAGGCGGUCGGGGUCGCCUAUGUGUACGGGAUGCGCCGGUUCAGUGAUGACAUAGCCUGCAUGACCGGGAGGCGGCCUGGUCUCUACUGGAGGCUGACCUGGAAGGUUGUCAGCCCGCUGCUGCUGCUGAGCAUCUUCGUGGCCUACAUAGCUGUCCUGGCCUGGACACCGCUGAGCUACAGGGCCUGGAACACCCAAUACGCACGGUUCCCUUCACGGCAGGAGAAGUCCUACCCGGGCUGGGUGCAGACCACGUGCGUCCUCCUGUGCUUCCUGCCCUCGCUGUGGGUCCCAGCUGUGGCACUGGUCCAGCUGCUCGCCAAGCGCAGACGGAAGCAGGACCCCUGGCAGGACAGGUGCCUGAAGCUGCAGGACAGAGGGGCCAGCUGA